ACAAACUAGUGACAUAAAAAGAACAGGGCUAAUUUGUGUCCUCGGUCGGGGAUUUUGUGAGUAAUUGCAUAUCAUAACGUUUAAGAAUGUUUUCACAUAUUUUUUUCCGAGUGCAUAGAAUUAAUUUUAAUUAUGAAAGAUAAGCCAUUAACUUUAACUAACUUAAAUUAAGUAAGUUUAAGUAAGACUAGUAAAGUACUAGUACUACUAGUUAAAUAAGACUAAGCCAUGCUAACUGCUAACAACAGUAACAUUAUCAUUAACAGUGAAGUACAGUACACGGCUAAGGCUAAGGACAACAAAUCAAUGCCAUUGUCAAUAAUAAAUUUCUUGACGAGUUUACUACUGUACUUGUACCGGAACAUUGGGCUUGGGCAUUGGGCUUGGACUUGGACAUUAUUCUUGGCGAUUCAGUAAUAUCAAUUAAUAUAAUUAUAAUUAAUAAUAUAAUCAUUCAUUACAUUCAAUUUUUAAAAUGUUUGGACGAUUGGUUCAUGCUCGCAGCUAAUGAGCAAUCGUCAAUAUUGAGUCAUUGAUUGAACUCGUUGAUAAUUAUUAAUUAAUAUUAUUGUCAAUAACUUCAAUAUUAAAAGAUAUUUGCAAAUGCCAAAGUGCACAAACUCAAACGUUAAUAAGUCUUAAGUUAAUCCGUUAAGGAACCCAGCUCAUUCAGCAUAUCUUACUUAAUAAUAAUCUAAACUCUAAACUUAUGACAUCAAUGACUAAGACUUUGACUUAGACUUAAUAAAUAUUAAUAAGAAUAAGACUUAGGCUUAGGUCUAUUAUAUGAGCCUAUUUAAAGAAUAUAAUAAUACUAUUGCUAAUACUAUUUUUAUUUACUAUUUUUUUUAUAUUUCACAGAGAGGCCAUAGCCAUAAAAGUAAAGUAUUUGAAUUUGAAGUUUGAAGUAUUUUGAAAUCUGAGUGAGGAAGAAGUGACUAUACUUAUACUGUCUAUGACAUGUGACUGUGAGUAGUAACAUUAGUAACAGACCGAAUUAUCUGAUUGACUGAUUAUUAGUAAGUAAAUUUCUGCUUAACUUAAGUUAAGCCUUAGCCUUAACUUUAACUAUACUUAAUAUCUAUAGUCUAUAUAAUAAUAAUAUACAUUAUAAAUUAUAUAUAGGGCCUAUAGUCAUAUAGUAUAAUUAUAUAGACUAAGUUAGAUAAGGCUAAGUAGGCCAAGGCUUGAAAUACCUACAUAACUUUGGACUUUGUUGAUAUUUUAAAUAAUUAAAUUUUAGGCCAACAAUGCGCAAUAUUAAUAUGGACCAUGGAGAUUGGCUAAUACUAAUACAAAUUUAUUAUUAAUUUUUGCAUUCGUUAAUACAAUCUGUAAUGAUUGGCCGCUGAUAUAUAAUGAUUGGCCGCUGAUAUAUAAUGAUUGGCCGCUGAUAUAUAAUGAUUGGCGACUAUAUGACUAUGAGUAUUAAGUUUUGGGCCUAAGCCUAAGGCACUAAGCUUAUUUUAUUUGUCCUAUUAUUAAACUAUUAGUAUGAGUAGGGCCUAUGAGUAAUAAUAUUUUUUUUUUUUAGUCCUAGGCCUAGGCACACACUGGGCAACAAAGCCUUAUACUUAUUAAUAUUAAUAAUUAAUCGGCUCUUUCUAACAUUUUAGCUAGUCCUAGCCUAUUGACAAGUUUCCUAGGGCCGGUGGAACUAGAAAUAACAAUGCCGCCUCUAUCUUGUUGAAAAUAUGACCUUAUCAUUCCAUUUUAGAUAUAAUAAUGAGGGGUUUUACAAUAAUACCUUGGUUUUUUUAGCAUUUAUAUUUAUAAUAUCAAUGUAGAUUUUUUAAAUGUAACCAGCACCAAUUCUUUAUCAGUCAAAAAGCUUUGGGGUAUGUUUUUGUGAGGAAAAUAUAUACAAUUUACAUUACUUUCAUUACUUUUUGUUUCUGAGAUUUCAAUUUAGAAUUUAAUAACUGUGAUAUCAAUAUGACCCAUUCAUGUUUCAUAUUAGUUUUAGUGGGUUUUGAAUUUCUGAUUCUAAAAAUACAGAAACAAUUAUAUAAAAUAGCUAGUUAUUUCUCCAUGGCAUCUUGCCGAACUUGGUAUAAGAAAAUCAUAAAAUUGUUAAGCUUUCUUUGGGUACCAACAAAUUUGAGUUUGACAGCUGAUUUAUGAUCCAUUUUUAAUUGAAAAGUUCUGUUUUGUACUAUAAUAUAGUCUAUAGUAAUACUAUUAUAACCAGAAGUAACCAAUCAUUAUCAUAUUAUACAAAUACAGAUUCAAGCAUUUUUGAAUUUCCCAUUAUAAAAAUACGGAAAAAGAUGGGUAGGGUCCAAAAUAGGGUGACGAAAUGUCCCUUAAAAACGGGAUUGUCCUGUUUUUUAACAAUAGUACCCGGUGUCCCGAAAAAGUCUCUCGGGAUGCCUAAAUGUUCCAUUUAUAAAACCAAACACAUUUUCACAUAUCAGAUAAGAAAGAGAUUUUAACAAUGGCUGGGAUAAACAGCCUAAUAGCCUCAAUGUAAAUCCUAGACUAGAGAAAUUUAAUUUGUUGUGUUGUAUGAUGUUGUAAAAUAUGUAUAAAUAAAUUAGUAUUUACUGCAAAAUUAUUGUUUUCGUUUAUAAUAUGCCUCAGAGUUUAAAUUAAAUUAAAAAAGUAAAGGUAAAUUUACAAAAUGUUUCCAGUUCUCCAAAUAGUUAAAAUGAGCAUAUUUCAAUAAACAGUUUCCGGUGGAGGCCCCCGGACCCCUCUUUAGUUGGAGGGUACCCUACCCCCUCCCCUACCCCCCCCCUCCCAAGUCCAACUCACUUUGGGUGUGUCCCGUUUUUUCCAGUUCAUGAUUUGGUCACCCUAGUCUAAAAGUCCUUUUUUGAAAGAUUUUGUGGCUCCCAAUCUCAAGAAAAUCCCUUUGGACCCCUGGGAAAAGGGUGGAGGGGGGACAUUGAGAAUGGCUGGUCUAAACUCUAGACACUUUUACUGUAGUGGAUUAGCUGAAGACCCAAAAAUUGUAUUCUUUUCAAUUGAAUACUUGAAGAUAUAAGCUGGCUUAUCACAUCUUUUCAAAUAUUUCAGGCUUCAUAAUGAAGGAGGCAAAUAAGUACCCUUCAUAUAAAAUGUAGCCAUGGCUUAAGACAUAGAUGAAAGUUAAAGAAAAAAACUCCAGUCAUAUUUGACAAUGGCAGACCCUCAAUACUGGAGGCAUGGAAGCUUAAUAUGCUGUCCAACUGGUGGGAUAUUUAUAGGUAAGAUAUCAAACCUGUCAACAACUGCUGCAUCAUACUUUGCUACUUUGAUUUAGAUAUUGUACCGGUAUUCAUCUUUGUCAAUUAUCUACAAUUUCUUAUUGUAUGCUAUGACAGAGACAAUGAUUUUUUUAAAAAAAGUUUUAUAAAAUAUAUUUUCUUACUAAAUUUUUUAUAUGAAUAUUAUUGAAAUAUUUUAUAAAUUAUUAAAGGUAAGGCUUAGUUUUAAAAAAAAUUAUAAAAUUAUAUAUAAAGCUACCAUUGUUUCAGAUUCAGGAACUGAUUCACCAUUCUAUAAACUUACUAAGGCUUUCAUCACUUCCAAUUUUGAAAAUUUGAAUUAUCUGCUUGAAAAGGGAAUUGACCCAGAUUCAAAAAAUGAAGAAGGGAACACACCGUUGAUGAUUGCUGUCAAAGAAAGUAAGUUGAAAUUUAUUGCAUGUCAAUGAAAAAGAAAUAUAAUGGCGCUACAGCCUUCCUGUAACUUGUUCAACGUGACAGGCAUUCAAAACCCAUUUUGGACCUGGCACACCAGUGUACCAGUUCUCCAUAUUACAGAUCAGUUAGAAUGACUGUGAUCAUCCUUUAUAAAUUUUAAAAGUAUUAAUAAAAAGACCAUCAAACAUUAACAUUUACCACAUCUUCUCAUUUCAUAAGCCCAUUUGUUCAUAAAGUUGAUACCCUUAGGUUUGGCCAGAAACACUGGAAAAGUGUGUAACCCUCUCUUAAGCUCAACCCAUAAAAUAAUAAGGCAGUAGACAUUACUUAAGAAAAAAUUUUUUUUCAAAAUAAAAACUUUAAUUUUUAUAGUUAUUGUAUGAGAUUAAAUUUAAAAAAAAACAACUAAUAUACAUACAGUUAUGCAUGGUAUAACACAGAUACUGGCUUCUACUGUUUAUAUUGAAACCAAUCUGAACAUUUCCGAAAAUAAAUGACUGCCACUUGGAAAGAAAUGCGUUAUCCCCUUGUCGUACACAGGUGUUUAUUCUGCUAAUAAAUAUCAUCAAACAAGUUUUGCGCAAGUGCAGAUAAUCAGUACAUUUAUACUGGUGAUACAUAUAGGUCAGAAGUUGAUACAAAACUGUGACCGUUCUAAAGAUAGAUUUCAAUUACUACUAUAAUUUUAUACAUUUUGACAAUCUGACAUUGUUGUGUGGAACUUUUAGGAGUGUCAGAUGAGAUGCUAAGGCCAGCCUUACGUGCAUUGUACUGCUUUAUACUGCCUUCCGUUAAUUACUUUUUCCUUCAUAGUUUUCUAUAAUAAAAUCCAUGUUCCUGGAGAAAAUUAUACAAAAUUUGCUCUGAUAAGUUCAUUAGCUGUCCACCUCACUUAUGCCCCAGAAUAUAUAUUUUUUUUUUAAAAGUCAAUUUAUGAAUAAAUAUUCAUUGAUAAUCAAAAUUGAUCUUUAAAUAAUUCAUGGAAAAUGACUGAAAAGUAAGUGGAAGCUGUUUAAAUUAAGUUUCAUUUUUUUUUAUGCCACGUCAGAUUGCUUUAACCCCCUCCCUUCUCAUCACAAAUAUGUGACCCCCCCCUCUCCCCUAGAUGCCUGAAGCCUUUUAUAGAAGGAUCCAAUAUAGCUGUCAAAAACACAUUUGGAUAUAAUUAUGAUUUUAGUCCCCAUAGGUAGUAAUCAAAUUUACCAUUACUUAACAAUCCUUCUAUUUUAUCUGAAAUAAAUUAUCAAUAUAAUUAGGCUUGCCAUAAUUUUAAGUAUUGAAACCGACAUGCUUUUCUUGUAGAUGCGUAUCUAUGGGGAGAAGGCGGAUGGCUGACCCCGCUGACAAAAUUGUUAAUGUUUUAUCCAUGUGUGAAGGUGGCAAUUGUUGGAGUAAAUAUGUAAAAUUAUUUAGUUUGAGUGUAUGUGUGUGUUAGGAGAUUGCACUUUUCAAAGUUUGCCCAGGCAGCAUUAGUCAAGGUAUGCUCUGCAUUAAAUAAUGGAGUAUGUGUGUGCGUGUGCGUGCGGGGGGGGGGCAUCUUUUGUAAUUUGCACCAGGCGUCAUUUUGUCAAGGGAUCCCACUGGCUAUCACUAGCACUAACUAUCAAAACAAUUACUCAAAGUCUGAAAAGCCACAUCAUGUAUGUUGGGUAUCUGCGGAGCAAAAGACGAUUUAUAUUUUAAUAUUUGUCAUAUCAACUUUCUAAGAAAUCUGUCAACAGCAUAGCAAAUGGAAUUGUUUAUAGUCAUGAAAAGAUUUUAACUGACUGUAAAUUCUAGCACAGCAUUUUCCAUAUGCCGGUUUGCUUCCUGGUUCCAGGCUAUAAAGCAUUGAAAGCAAAAUUACUAGGUCACAAAAAUAAGAAAAAAAAGGUUGAAAAUCUAAGAAUAUCGUGACAAACUUAUUAAUAAAUUAUUUGGUAGGUUUGAUUUCUUUCCAUUUUUUAAGUUAAUGUUUGUUAUUAACAAUGUGAACAAGACCAUGUACAUAUAUAUAUAUAUAAUAUAUAUAUAUAUAUAUAUAUUAUAUAUAUAUAUAUAUAUAUAGACUCAAAUCUAGACGAUUAUAUUUGACACAACUUUCUUUUGACUACAUUGAAUUGUAGCUAUGUGUGCCUUUCAGAUUGUGAAACUACAGUGAACAUUCUGAUAAGUCAUGGGGCGAAUGUUAAUGUUUGCAAUGAUCAAAAUGAGACCCCUCUCAAAUUGGCUGCCUGGAUUGGCAACCCCUGGACAGUUGAUAUCUUGCUCAAAAACGGGGCAGACCCUAACAUUGCAGACGUUAAGAAGAAAACACCGUUAAUUGAAGCUGUAAAACAAAGACACAUUGAAGCUGUAGCCAUGUUGCUUAAAGCAGGUGGGUUCUGAGAGAUAAAAAGUUUAUUUUAUAACAUAAUUUCAAAAAUUUUUUGGUUGAGUUUGUCUUCCUACUACAGUAGUACUACUCACUCACCCGACUACAACUUUUUUUAUGCAAGUGUUCUACUCACUCACCAUACAAGAGUACUACUCACCCUACUGCACUAUAACUACUCACUCAACCUACUACAAGAGUACUACUCACUCACCAUACUAUAAGAGUACUACUCACUCACCCUACUACACUAGUACUACUCGCUCACCCUCCUACACUAGUACUACUCACUCACCCUUCUACAAGAGUAAUACUCACUCUACUAUAAGAGUACUACUCACUCACCCGACAUCAACUUUUUUAUGUAAGUGUACUUCUCACUCACCAUACAAGAGUACCGGUACUACACACCCUACUGCACUAUUACUACUCACUCACCCUACUACAAGAGUACUACUCACUCACCCCACUACAAGAAUACUACACACUCACCCACCCUACUACACUAGUUCUACUCACUCUCCCUACUACACUAGUACUACUCAUCACCCUCUAGAAGAAGAGCACUACACACUCACCCUACUACACUAGUUCUACUCACUCUCCCUGUUACACUAGUACUACUCACUCACCCUACUACACUAGUACUAGUCAAUCACCGUACUAAUACUAAAAGGGCUAAAAUCCAAAAUAAAAAUAACAUGGUUCAAAUUUAUUGGUCAACUCAAAGUUUGAUAAUAUUUGAUGACCGUUCCAUCAAAACUGGGAAGGCUUUUUCUUUGGGAUAAAUCACACGUAAUAAUGUAAUUUAUCAUCAAUUAAAAAAAUUUCCUUCUACCUUCUUCAAACAAAAAUUACACAUUUCCAAAUGAUAUUAAUUAUAAUAGGCAUAUAUUGUUGUUUUUCCAUGCAGGUGCUGCUGUUAAUGUGACAGAUAGCUGUGGCUUGACAGCCGUGUCUUACUCUGUCAAUACAGGAGAUGUUAAACUUCUCAAAAUCUUGCUAGAAGCAGGUGGAGAUCCAAAUUCUCAUGAUAGGUAAAUGACAAUUUGAAUUCUAAAAAUGCUGCAUAACUUUUCCCUAAUCAAAACUGUGACAAGGAUUUUUAAAAAUAAAAAUAAUAAUAAUUCAAAUAAAGUUAGUUUUUUUUUUAACGAUAAGAGGAACUGGUAUCAUUCUAGACAUUGUUUCUUAUUUGCUAAAUGAACAUAGAUAUACUUACCGUAUUUUCCGGCGUAUAAGAUGACUUUUUAACCCAUGAAAAUCUUUUCAAAAGUGGGGGGUCGUCUUAUACGCCGGGGGUCGUCUUAUACGCCGGGGGUCGUCUUAUACGCCGGGGGUCGUCUUAUGAGCUGGUGUACAACACAAACCCUAGAUUUUAAAAGGAAAAGUAGGGGGUCGUCUUAUACGCCCAGCUGUCUUAUACGCCGGAAAAUACGGUAACUUAAUUUGAUUGGUCAAAUUUUUAAUUGGUUUUAAGGUGAAACUUAAUAAUUUAGGACUGCUCUAGAAAUGAUUAAUGAUUUUAAUAUCCAUUUUGAGUGUGGGAGGGAUCAAAUUUUAAUGAUUAAAGUGGAAACUUCAAAAAGCUUCUAGAAAUAUCUUUUUGACAUGGCCAGCAAUGUGUCUGCAUCCCUCUUAACAUAGUUUUCCAAAAGUUGAAAAAUAACAAAUGAGAAUUUGUUUUCAUUACAUUGAACAAGCUCAUCUUCAGCCUAUGUAAUGCAUACAGAGAUAGUGAAAACAUUCUAUUGUAAUGGGACAAUUUUAAAGUUAACCAGUUUUAAAUAAUUUUUCUAACACAAAAACCACCCAACCCGUUUUAUCAAACUAUUUAUUUUUAUUCUAAUGCCCCUAAUGACCUAAUCAUGCUACAAUUUUCUUUUAGACAUUUGUUCAUUGGGUAGUUUUUAGGAAAUGGCUAGCGUAAGUUAAGGUUUAGAUUUAUUUUAAUUUUAAUGCAAACAGCUUCACAGUACAGUGCUCAAGGCGCAAAGUGAAAUCUCACACCCUGAACCAGAAAGUAUAAUUGUGUCAUAAUGUAUGCCAGACAGUGCACUUGUCUGGCCCACACAGUACAUUUGUCUGGACCAGACAGUACAGUUGUCUAGACCAGACAUUACAAUUGUCUUGACCAGACAGUACAAUGGCUAGACCAGAGAGUACAGUUGUCUAGACCAGACAGUGCAAUUGUCUAGACCACACAGUAGAAUUGUCUGGACCAGACAGUAUAGUUGUCUAGACCAGACAGUACAAUGGUCUAGACCAGACAGUACAACUGUCUAAAUCAGUGGGACUGCAAUCAGGUUAGGAAAUAAGUGCCACAAAGCAAAAGAAAACCUGAAAAAGACAAAACGAAACAAGUGUACAAUGUCAUGGUGUACACCAGAGAGUGCAAUUAUGUACAUCUGACAAGGACAGUGUCCACACAUGACAGAAAAUGCCCUAUUAAUCAUCAAACUGUUUAACAUUUCAGAUACCGCUGUAAUUGCCUGAUUCGGGCUGCCGAUGCUGGCAAAGAUGACCUCGUCCAGGCACUCCUAAGAUAUAAGGCAGACGUCCAUGCACCAAAUAAAUAUGGUGACACUGCCAUUAUGUUUGCCAGUCAGUUUUGCCAGGUCGGCACAGUGAAAUGUAUGCUCAGCGCCGGUGCCAACAUCAACCGCACAAAUGAACGUGGGGAGACUGCCCUGCACCUGGCUGCAGAGCGUAGCCGUCUGGAGAUGGUGAAAUUACUGGUUCGGUCGGGAGCUGACGUGAAUUUAAAGAAACAUGACGGGAACACACCAUUAAUCUGUGCUGCCAGAGGAAGUUCUGAUGUGGUCAAGGUGUUGUUAGAACAUGGUGCCAAUGUCAACCUGACCAACUGUUCGGGCCACACUGCCCUCCUCAUUGCUUCCACCUGGGGCAGCUUGGAUAGUGUUGUUGAUUUGACUGAGAGGAAGGCUGACAUGGAGAUUCUGACAAUUGAUGGGGAGACAGCACUGAUGAGCGCGGCCAGGUUCAACAGGAAUAAAGCAGUCAAAUUUCUACUGGGAGCUGGAGCGAGGGUUGACGUCAUCCACACGGGAGGUGGGCUGAAUACACUUCUGAUGCAUGUCUGCCGCUUCUGUCUUCCUGACACGACUUUGUUUUUACUAUGUUCCAAAAGUGACAAGGAUCUGCUAAUCAAUAAUGUGAAUUCUAGUGGCCACACAGCUCUCAUGUACGCCUGCUCAUCCGACAGCUUUCAAGUUGUCGAGGCACUUGUAGGAUGCGGCGCCGAUGUAAAAUUAAGAGCAAACAGUGGAGACACGGCUCUGAUUCUAGCUGCUAGGUUUGCAGGCUUAGCGGUCGUGGACUGUUUGGUGAAAACUGGGGCAGAGGUCAAUGCCACGAACAAUGAUGGAGCUACAGCCUUGCUCCAUGCGGUGAAAAGAAAUAAGGAAGACGUUGUCCAGCUGCUACUUUGGAAAGAUGCUGAAAUAAAAUCUGAGGUCCACUAUGCAAUACUUCAAGGCUUCGGUCCACUCACUCAACUCAUGAUGCAAUAUGGGGCAUCACCCACUCUUCAAAAUUUGUCCCACCUGUUUCCUUACAGUGAAAUGUCUGACUCGCAUCCCUUCCUGCCUCUAGUAGGUUCUCAAAGUAUCCUUUUCAAAUUUGAGCUUUCCCCACUUUUUGUAGCGUUGUUUGCAGGGCAUUCGGACAUCGCCAGAUUCUUACUCGAGAACUGGUUCCUGACCUGGUUUGAUCUUUUCCAAGGGCCACAUCACGAUGCCCUCAGACAGUGCCUGGUGGAUAGAAGACUUACAGAAUGUUUAGACACUUUGGACACAGUGUUUUCCCAGCCUUGCAGGCUUCAAACUUUAUGCUUUGUGUCUGUUUCAACAGCCUUGGGCCAUGAACCUGAGAGGGCAGAAAGAAUUAAAAUGCUCAAAAUUCCUGUUCGCUUCCAGCAGCGCUUCCAGUUUAGAGAUACUUCUGCCUUCAUGCCUGCCAACAAAUGGACUGAUAUCACUUUCAGUAUUUAAGUUGUGAAUCAUAAUGAGUUGUCUUGUAUAGUGGAAAUGUGAUUUUCCCCGAUGGAUUGAGGACAGGUGUCAUGAAUAUAAUAAAAAAUCAAAAAAUUCUUAAUGACAUGCAAUUAGCCUAAUUACAAACUUUACAUGUGUUUUUUUUUUUUAAAUUGUCAUAGGCUUAUUUCUUCUAUUUCUUCUAUAUUCUGAGGGCCCAGAUCAAUGGCUCCUAUGUUUUCUUAUGGUUGAAACGAAUCUUAAUAAUAUGGCUAUUGGAUUGAAAGGACUCAUAACACCAUGGCUUAUGUUUGAUUGGACCCAUAAUGGCAUUGCUUAUGUUUGAUAGGACCUGUAAGGCUAUGGCUUAUGUUUUAUAGGACUUAUGACGCCAUCAUAAUGAUGCAUCUUUUGCUUUGUGGAUGUUAACCCUCUUGAGACUGCUGGGCUGAUCUAUCAGCCCAGAGUCGAAUUGUGAAAAAGCUAACAGCUAAUCAGAUUACUUCUCACAUUUCUUGCUCAUGUCACCAUUUUAAUGUAGGCUUCCAUUGACAUUUUUCUGUGUUCUGUCAUGUUACAUCACUUAUCUUGUACCUUGUGACCCCUAUAAAUGUUUUAAAACAUAUUUGACCUUGAAAUAUGCCAAAAGACAUUGGCAGCACAAGGAGACUAUUUUUUCACAGUUUUCACAUUGAAUCUCUUUCAAAUGUUUGUUAGGACUUCUUAUUUUGGCUUCAAUAAUCAUGUAAUACAAUUUAUCAAAAUUCUGCAAGCAAGAUAUGUUUAUCAUAAGUGUAAAAAUAAAAAUAAAAUAGUAGGCCUAUGCAUAAGUUAUGCUAAUCAGGGUAUCUCUUUUGCAUCAAUUUUGAGAUUUCAGUUUGAUUCAUACAGAUCAUAUUAGUGCUUUCAGUUCCCUACAAGAAUAUAAUCUAGUUACAUUUUUAUAAAGCAAUUAGUUCAUUUUUUUAUUAUAAAGUCUGUUUUGUAAAGUAAGUGCAGGGCAUGUCAAAAUGGCUCCGUCUUCUUAGCACUGAGAGUCCAAAAAGGCUUCGCCUCAGGAGGGUUGAUUGUGAAUUGUUUGAUUUCAAAUCCAUACAACCAGAUAUAAUAUAUAUAUAUAACUGAAUGUUUCAGAUCUCUGGAUAUUUGAAUUUAUACUGGAUAUCAUUCAGAUAAUUAUUUAAUUUAGAGAUUAAUUGUAUAGUUAUAUAAAUUACACUAUUUUUACAGCCAGUGACUGAAUUGUAAACGUGUGCCAUGCAGAAAG